AUGCCCUCCCCGCUCUCCGUCCUCACGCUCGCCCUCCUCUUCGCCACUCCCCUCACCCACGCCCGUGUUCUCCGCGACUUCGUUCGCCCCGGCACCAACCGCUCCGCCAAUUCCCCAGCCCUCUCCCUCGCCUUCCCGGUCGAAAACUCCCGCAACCGGCACAACAUCCGCCGCGGCUCCCGCCCGGCCUACGCCCCGCCGGCAGACGACUCCGACCCCCCCGGUGUCCGCAUCUACGACUCGUUGGACGCCGUCCCCACGGCACGUCUCCUCGCCCAGGCUGCACGUCAUAAGAAAUGCUUCUCCAAGGGGCAGACCUUGUGCUGGGCCCCGUACGUCUGUGGUCACAGAUGUGAACAAAUUUUGCUUGCCGUCGACGGGUAUUGCAAGAAGUACGCCCAACCGCCCGACGGCACAGAGUGUACGGAUAAGCAGGGCAGCUGCGCCCUCUCCCUCAGCUGGAAAAGAUGCAAGAAGGCCAGGAAGUUCAACCGCUGUUUUGCCCGCGUGUGUUAUCGCAGAACCGCUGCCCUACGCCAUCACCAACAUCAGAGUCUCGCCAUUCCCAGGCCUGUGAGCUACGAGGAUACCGAGAACGUCGCCAUUGUGCGAUACAGGAGACCCCUGCCCAAGCAUGAAAUACUUGCCAGGAGGAACAGGCAGUCUAGCACUCAGAGCGCAAUUUUCAAAUAA